AUGCAAGAAAAGGUGUUUAUUUACAGGUUGUUGUCGACUGGCACAAUAGAAGAGAAGAUAUUCCAAAGACAAGCACACAAGAAGGCGCUAAGUAGCUGUGUUGUUGAUGAAGAAGAAGAUGUUGAAAAGCACUUUUCAAGAGAACAAUUACGAGACUUGUUUAGACUGAAUGAGGAAACACUCAGUGAUACACAUGACAAGUUCAAGUGUCGCCGAUGUGUCAAUAAUAUUCAAGUACAUGCAUGCCCUGAAGACUCUACGUGUGGUUCAAAUCUCUCUCAGUGGAAUCACUGCGCAAGCACUAAAGGUCUUGAUGACAUCAUACUCAAGCAAGCAUGGAAUAGUGGAGUUAGUUUUGUAUUUCAUCAAAAAUCUCAUGAGAAACAGUUGGGAGGGGUAUAGUGUGCAAGCAC